GGAUACCGACACCGAGAGACACCCACACCGAGAGACAGAGACACCGACACCGAGACACCUACACCAAGAGACAGUCACCGACACCAAGACACCCACACUGACAGAGACACCCACACUGAGAGACAGGAAGAGACACCCACACUGAUAAACACCCACAAAACCCACACCGAGAGAGACAGAAAGUCAGACACAGCCACACCGAGAGACAAAAAGAGACAGAAAGAGACAGAAAGACACCCCCACACCGAGAGACAGAGACACCCACACC